UUUCAUUUAGUAAAAGUAACUUUAUUUGUUUACCUGUUUUAAUUCAUAAAUAAUAAUUAAUAUUACUUCCAUUUUUCAGUUUCAUUUGGUAAACGGUUACCAUGCGAGUUAUAAUUACGAUUUAGAAAUGUUACUGUUAACCCUAUUACUAUUAGUAUUACUAAGUAUUUCUUUUACUUUUAGUAUUACUAUUACUUCUAAUUUAAGCAAGUUGUCACCACAACAAGUCAAAAUCUACCUACACGGAAUAUUUAAAUUUGAAAAGAAAUCAAUAUUUGUCUUAAUUUGUGUGAAGAAAACCCACCGUGAAUGUUCACAACAUAUCUGUUCAAGUGAAAAUGGAACAUCCUGGUGAUCUGCUACAGGAUGAUGUUAUAUCAAAGUUCAGUUACAGUGAUGAUGAGGAUCAGGAUAGUUCACACUGUAAUGUUAUGAAUGUGAAAACAGAAACUGAAUAUCAAAGAGAUUUUGAAUCUGAUUUAGAAAGAACAUCUGAUAUAAAGACCAGUGUGAACAUCUGUAAUAGAAGUCAGGUUCCUGGUUAUCAAGAAGAUCACAUUACAGAAGAAAUAAAAUUCCCAAAUAACAAUAUCUGUGCAGAAACAAAGUUAAAUGAAAGCAUUGUAAAAGGCUCAAAAAGUUGUGGAAAAACAUUUGGUAACCUAAAACAACAAACGUCUGGAAAGAAACCAUACCUCUGUGCAGUUUGUGGAAAACAGUUUUCUACAAAUAGUCACUUAAGAACACAUCAAAGAAUACACACUGGGGAGAAACCUUAUAGUUGUAGAAUAUGUGGAAAACAGUUUAGUACAAGUAGUAUCUUAAAAAGACAUCAAAGAAUACACACUGGGGAGAAAUCUUAUAGUUGUACACUGUGUGGAAAACAGUUUGGUACAAAUAGUAUCUUAAAAACACAUCAAAGAAUACACACUGGAGAGAAACCUUACAGUUGUACAGUGUGUUCUAAACAAUUUAUAUCCAGUUGUAACUUAAUACAACAUCAAAGAAUACACACUGGUGAAAAACCUUAUGGUUGUACAGUGUGUGGGAAGCAAUUUAUAACAAAUGGUAACUUAAAAUGCCAUCAAAGAAUACAUACUGGAGAGAAACCUUACAGUUGUGCACUUUGUGAAAGACAGUUUGGAACAAAGAGUGAAUUAAAAACACAUCAAAGAAGACACACUGGUGAGAAACCUUACAGUUGUACGGAUUGUGAGAAACAGUUUGGGACAAAGGGUGAAUUAAAAAUACAUCAAAGAAGACACACUGGUGAGAAGCCUUACAGAUGUACAGUAUGUGGAAAAAAGCUUGGAACAAACAGUGAAUUAAAAAUACACCAAAGAAGACACACUAGGGAGAAACCUUACAGUUGUCGAGUUAGUGAAAAAAAUUAAAAAAGUAUAUAUGAUUAUACAAAGGUGUGGAGUUUGUGGAAAACUAUAGCUUAAGACCAUAUCAAAAUAUGUACACUUGGGAGAAACAUUUGUGUAACCUCCAACCACAUACCUCAGCAGUAAUUCUGAUGUUUUAUUGUUACAUACAAAACGAUUUGUAUGUAACUAUAGCUUAAAACCAUAUCAAAAUAUGUACACUUGGGAGAAACAUUUGUGUAACCUCCAACCACAUACCUCAGCAGUAAUUCUGAUGUUUUAUUGUUACAUACAAAACGAUUUGUAUGUAACUAUAGCUUAAAACCAUAUCAAAAUAUGUACACUUGGGAGAAACAUUUGUGUAACCUCCAACCACAUACCUCAGCAGUAAUUCUGAUGUUUUAUUGUUACAUACAAAACGAUUUGUAUGUAACUAUAGCUUAAAACCAUAUCAAAAUAUGUACACUUGGGAGAAACAUUUGUGUAACCUCCAACCACAUACCUCAGCAGUAAUUCUGAUGUUUUGCAAUAAUUAAUAAUAUGGAUUUAAUACCAUUGGUUGGUGCAGAACAUGUAACCUAUUGUGUAGUUUUGUAACAUAAGAUAUAACAUUAAAGGAUAACAAGGGACCAUUUGGUCCAUCUAAGUUUUCCUGUUCUCUAAGUUAAACCUACAAAAAAAGAGGAAAAAAAUCUCAAAGCCAGUUAUUUCAAACUUUUGUGAAGGUAACAUAUUCCAAACUCCAACUACUUUUAGAAAAAUAAAGUUGUCUUAGCUGAAGAUGACUGCUGAAAGUUAUUUGUAUACUUUAG